CAUGAGUUCCAAGAAAGCCGCGGGGAGAAGUCCGGUGAAAAAGGGAGCUAAGCCGUCCGGAGCAGCCUCUGGGAAGCCAGGCCACCAAACAGAUGGGAAAGAUGCAGACGACACUGUCCACCGCCAGGCGGCCCCCAGCAGUCAUCCCACAGGCCUGAGUCGUGAGGCAAAAGCCGCGCUCACUUUGCAGUGCGCCUUCCGUCGGAUCCUGGCCUGCCGGGAGAGAAAGCGGCGACUGAAGGAGCAACGGGAAUACGAAGAAUUAAUGGAUCACCUCCAGAAGGAGGCUUUUGUCGCUCUAGUGAAAAGGGAGCAGGAAGAAGCUGAGCGGGCCCGAAAGAAAGAAGAGGAAGAAAGGAAGAAGCAGAGAGAGGAGCAGCAGCGCAGAAAACGGAUGCUGGAGGCAGCUUUUGAAGGCGACGUGGAGGAGAUGAAGGCCAUUCUGAAAGAGGUGGCGGAUCUGGACACCAAGAGUGGUGUGGGGACAGAUGAGAAGGGGAAGCUAGUCCGGCUCCAGCAUCUCCUCAACAUGGUGGACUGCACGGAUGCCAAUGGCAACACCCCCCUCUCGGAAGCCUCUGGAGGGGGCCACCCUGAAGCCAUCCGGAUGCUGAUAGAAAACGGAGGGCAUCCCAACAGCAGGGGUGCCUUUAAUCGGACUCCUUUGUACCGAGCAGCCUUCGGGGGACACUUGGCAGCGGUGGAGCUGCUUCUCCAGCAUGGGGCUGACCCUCGACUCUAUGCCGAUGAUGGCAACACACCGGAGCAGGUUGCUUCUCUGGACAGUGUGGUGGCUAUCCUGAGCGCCUGGGAUGUCACCCUGACAGACACCAUGCUCCAAAAGAUGGAGGCUGAGCAGCAGCGGAGAGCCCAGCAGAAGCAGAGGCACCAGGAAGCCGAAGUGCGCCAGACAGCCGAAGCUGUGGAGCAGCUGGCCAAGGAGCACGAGAGAUGCAGCAGGGAGCUGCAGGCGGCCUACGCAGAGCUUAACCGACGGAUAACCGAGCACGACAAGUGCCAGCGGAAGCAGAUGGGGAAUGCAGAGCUGACCCUGCACGCCAUCGCCGACGCGGAAGGGCUGGUGGAGAAGCUGCGCGUGGCUGUGGAGGAGGCAGAGGAGAAGCUGUCCCUGGCCCGCCUGAAGCUGCGAGAGCAAAUGCAGGAGGGAUCACCCUCCGAGAUUCCGGGUCUCCAGUGCUCCAUGCAGGAGCUGGACGAUGUGCUGAUGAAGGACGUGGGUGGGAAAAUGCAGGCCGACGGGCGGUGGCCCCUGAUCAUUGACCCCUCCGGGCAAGCAGCUAUUUUCCUGCGCUACCGUGAUACCAACUACCUGAACACUGCCAAUCCCGCCGACAUGGCCGUGGAAGCCAUUCGCCUGGCCUUGCUGGGGUCUCUUCGCUAUGGGAAGCCCCUGGUCUUUGACAUGAUGGAACUGGACAUGUUUGACACAGUGAAAAAGCAGCUGGAACGGCUGCAGACGGGCCUCACUCAGGCGGUGUUGAGCAAGAAGAUCCUGGAGAGUGAAUGGUAUCGCUCCUUACUGAGGGCAACGGACGGGCCGGAAUAUGCAGAGACGGAAUUUCAAGUUUCCCGGAUGGAGAAGUUCAGGCUCUUUGUGGUCACCAAGCGCCAUCACCCCCCUGAAGAGCUGCUGCAGGCCUUCCUCCCGGUCCAAGUGCUCCUGUCCGGAAUGGCCAGGCGAAAGCGGAGCUUCAGAAGACGGCCCUCCCCCAAGUGGCUCCUGCCAGCCCCACGCGCUGAGUGGGAGGGAGGAGCCCAGGGGGCCUUCCUGUUCCCUUUGCAGACCCCCCUCCCUCUCUCCCAGAGGCCGUGA